AUGGUAUUCGGGCCAAGUGUCCUCUCCCUGCUGGCGCUCGGCUGCAUACAGAUCAGCGCGGCACGAAAGUCGCACCGGCACACAUUCGGCUCCAUGAUUCGGCAGUACGUGGCGCAGAAGGCCCUGCGCCUGGCCGCCCGCUACAUGCGACGCAGGUUCGACAACGACACCAAACGGUUCAUGCAGUGUCAGGAGGAGACGCUGAUGGAGCGUGUGAAGGCCAGCCGGGACACGCCGUACGGCCGCGACCACGGCUUCGCCGACAUCCACAACCUAGCGGAGUUCCGCGUCGCCCACCCGCCGACUGAGUACGCCCACUACGCCGACUACGUUCAGCGGCUGGCGGACGGCGAGCCCAACGUCCUCUUCACGGACAAGCUGCGCUCGCUGGCCUGCACUUCGGGCACCUCGGGCGGCAGCAAGCUGAUGCCGGUCAGUCAGGGCCUGGUGCUCAACCUGGUGGGCGGCGUGCUGGUGCUGUGGGAGCGGCAGCUGGCCGCCUUCCCGGGCGCCGGCCGGCUGCAGCGCCAGAUGCGGCCGUUCGUGGCCCCGCGCUGGCGCUACUCGAGCGGGGGUCUGCCGAUCGGGCCCGCCUCGGUGGCGCCACCCGGCCAGCGCGACGGCCGCGAGCACACGCAGUUUCUGUACAGCGCGCCGCCCGAGGUUAACCAGAUCGGCUCAGAGGCGGACGCCGUGUACGUGCACCUGCUGUUCGGCCUGCUGGACCAGCAGCUGGGCGCCAUCGAGGCCAACUUCGCGUCGUUCGUGUACGCCGUGUUCGCGGCGCUGGAGCGCGACUGCGCGCUCUACGCCGCCACCGAGGGCCUGCUCGGGGUCAACCUCUGGCCGGAGCGGCAGCCGCCCGGCUACGUGCUGCACCCGCGCGCCAUGCUGUUCGAGUUUGUGGAGACGAGCGGCGACGCAAAGACCGAAUAUCAGUGCUGA